AUGGCACUUCCCAGUCAUGUUCUUUUGUCUACUGCUUAUGUUGAUGUUUGUGAUGGCCGCGGUGCUUAUCAAUCUCUUAGAUGUUUAAUAGAUUCGGGUAGUAUGACUUGUUUCAUCACGGAAAAGGCAGUAAGACGUCUGAACUUGCGUAAAGUUCCUGAUUCUGUUGAGGUCAGAGGAUUGGGAUCCAUGAAUACUAAAUUGAGUGGUGGAUCAGUGUCACUAUCAUUGAAACCACCGGAUGUUAAUUUGGGGGUGACUUUUUUGGAAGAAAUUUAUGAUGAUUUGUUUCCGGGAGCUUCUAGUUACGAUAGAGAGUAUGAUUCGUAUGAGUUGGAGUUAACACCUAGUAACGUAAAACCGGCUAAUCUGUCUGUGCGUUUCGAUAACAUUCUGAAGCCCCGUACUGCAGCUAUGGUUCCUCUUUUGCGUACGGCAAUACAACAACCUGUCACUACCACUCCUCGAACCGUACUCACGGCAUUUUAUGAUCGUAAUAGUGACGUUCCAGAUUACAGAGGAAUUGUGGACGAAAGUGGUUUGAUUGAUAGUGUCUUUGAUGCUUUUGAGAGAUUUGCUGUUGCCGAUCAAAUCAUGUACUCGCAGUUUAAGAAUUCUUCUAUUAAAGUCAAUCCUUUGGAUAUGGAGGCAUGGUUGAACAAGCAGAGUACCGGUGUUGAGAGAAUAUUGCAGGAGGAAGAUAAUUUGCUCAUGCAUAAGGCUUUAAAUGAGUACACGUAUAUACUUAAGAGAAACGCUAAGAUAGUUCUGAAUUCCAGUGCACCUCAGGAGAUCAAGAGUCCUCAGGCGAUAGCUUACUUGGAUAAGUUGUAUAAUGCCGUUUUUAGUCCUAUAUUUUUGAAUAUUCGUGAUAGACUUGUUAAAGUUUUGAGACCUAAUCUUAUUGUUUACACCGAACUCGAUAUAGAGCAGCUGACUAAAUCUUUUACUCGUUGUGUUAGGCCGUCUCAGCUUGGCAGUGAGUACUUACAUACUUUUGAAUUGGAUAUAUCUAAGUACGAUAAAAGUCAAUGGCAUUUGAUGCUUAAUAUGGAGGUUAGACUGAUGUUGAAUUUUGGAGUACCCGAGGAGACUGUGGCCAUGUGGGUUGUGAUGCAUUCCAUUACGCGUCUUCGUGAAAGGAAAACUGGCAUGAGCGCUACGGUUACCGAUCAACGGAAGUCUGGGGAUCCAGCUACUUACGAUUUGAAUACCUUUGUACUUUUGCUCAUUAUGUGUUAUCUUUUUGGUGAGGAUCUUUCUGAGACCGUGUUGCUCAUUGGAGGUGAUGACAUGUACGCCGUACUUAAAAAGAGAUUUGCAUCCACGGACGCGCUUGAGAAACUGGCAUCGCUUUUUAACCUUGAAGACGAUACGUGGGUGGCGCUUCCUGAUCCUGUUAAACUUUUGAUAAAACUUGGACGUAGGGACAUGGUCGAUCGAAAACAUGUUGAAGAUUACCGCAUAUCACUUAAGGAUCUCAUAGCUCAUUAUAAUGACGAAGUUAUUAGUGAAGAAAUGGAGUUUCAUGUACGAGAUAGAUAUCAGAAACAACUUAACUAUAAAUGUUUGGCUAAUACCAUUUUCGCCAUUGUUCACAACAAAGACGAGUUUCAUAGUUUGUAUAGGGAAGAUUCUUUUUAUUCUGGAAGUUAUGUUGGUUCUAGACCUAGUUUGGAUAUAUGA